GGGGCACCCGCACCACCAGCACACCGGCCGCGGCAACCAAGCGGGCCUGGGCGCGGCCAAGCAGGGCCAGAUGCAGCACUACCAGUACGCCAUGCAGCACCAGCACGGCCUGCAGCACGGCCUGCAGCACGCCAGCCCCGCGCCCAGCCCCACCAGGACGGCGACGGCGGAGGCGGCGUGGAGCGGCACCCCGCGCGCCAACCGCGCGCUGCGACCCCUCAACUCGCUGUCCGCAGCCAAGCGGAAGAGCGCCGUGGAGCUGCUCCAGGAGUCCAAGGCGUUCUACGUCAAGUCGGACUGCGUGCUGGACCGGCAGCAGCGCCUGCAGCGCCCCACCUCGUCGCCGCCGUGCUCGCCCGUGCCCAUCACGGCGCUGUCCGUCGUGACCACGGCCUCGUCGGUGGCGGUGCCCGCCGUGCCGCUGUCCAGCGCGCUGCUGUCGCCGCCGCCCAGCCCCAGCCCCCUGUCGUCGCCGUGCUCGGGGGCGGGGCUGGGGCUGGCGGCCGGCCUCGGCGUCGAGCCCAUGCCGCCGGCGCCGCCCGGCUUCGAGCAGGAGUCGUCCAGCCCCGUGGCGGUGUCGCCGCGCUCGCUGCUGCUGCCCAAGAGCCCCCGCCUGGGCCUGGGCGGCCUGGGCCUGGGCGGCAGUUGCUCGGGGACGGGCAGCACGGCCAGCACCACGUGGGCACAGCGGCGCGCCGCCUCGCAGCAGCUGCAGUCCGACCGGCUGCAGACCAAGCUCAGGCGGUUGCUCAACGCCGACUCGAAGGAAAAUGUCUUCCACGACUCUCCCGCCGGCGCUGCCGGCGCUGCGGGGGACGACGAUCUCGACCACGCUCUUUCGGCUGCUGGUGAAAGGGUUCUAGCGCGCUCCUACGGUCGCUCAAAUUCCCAGACACACCACUCCUACUCUUCUAGAACAUGGUCGAACCAAGCGUCCGGUUCGCUCCACAAAUCGUUACCAGAUCUCCAUACCAGCCCAACUUCCAUGCGCCAUUCUGUACCCCGCUGGUCCUCCGACAACAGCAGCAACCGGGGCAGCUCUGCUAGUAGUCAAAGUGUAGAGGGUGGCGGCUACAUGGAUUACAUUCAUCGGAGAAGUGGCAGUCAAAGGGGUAGUAGGACGCUGCACUACUCUGAUGCCAUGAGUGUGGUCUCGUCCGGCGGUCGCACUCACCAAAGCCAUCGAAGCCAGCCAGCAGGGCCAGCAGGGCCGAGAGAGAGAGAACACAGUGGCGAACUGCGGAGGAUUGGAAGCUCAGGUUCAUCUUCAGGGACUCGCACUCACCGUAGCCACCCUGAGGGACGCUCGAGGGCCAAUACAGUUUCUGAGGUGUUGAUGCGACAGGGAAGUGGUGGAUCUUCUGCGGCUCUAAGUGGCAUGUCGUCAUGGUCUCCGAGGUACAAUAGAUCGAGAGCAGCUUCUCAAUAUCUCAAUAUGCGAAAUGCAAGUGCAGAAGAAAUAGAGGGAAGUCGUGAAAGUAGAGGCAGUCGUGGCAGCCUCGGGAGCAGAGGUAGCAGCCAUAAAAGUGAUCAUGAAAAUUAUUCUUCUCCUCAGUGUUCAAGGGUUGCUGAGUUGUGUUGGAACUUUGAACCCCGCAGACCCAUAUUACGAUCCAAGUCAGAUAUAAGCCACCGUUAUUCAGGCUCUGUGAAUGUACCAUUAUCACCACCAUUGCAAGAUCCAGCCCAAUUAGAACAAUUCUUUGAACAACUGGGCCUAGACAACAAUGAAUUUCAGUAUGUGUCUCGCACCCGGUCGAGCUCUUCAGAUUCCCCUGUAUUUUUUUCUAGUGUCAGUUCAAUUGACUCAAAUAAUGCUGGAUGGAGUGCACCUUGGUCGUCUCAUACUAAUGCCUUUUCAAGCAGUGCAGGAGGCACUGCUGUUACUCCUGGUGGGAUGAUGGGCAGUGGUCAUAGUGGGAAGAAUAUUGAACAGCCAUCCAUAGUUGAACGUAAUGCCCGCAUUAUCAAGUGGCUGUGCAAUUGCCGCAAGGCCCAGAAAGAAAUGUACCAAUCUUUAGAUAAUGGCAAUGUGAGCUGAGCUGCUGUUUAUUCCAAGUCAUAGUCUCUUCAAACAAUAACUAGCUAAGGUAUCUUGUUAACAUGCUGAUACUCUUUUAUAGUGGUAGGUGCUCAAUGCAUCAGGGCAUCAAUAGGUCUUUCAAAGUCAUAAUUCUUUAGUCGUUUUUCAUGUUACGGAAAAGUAUUCUUUUCUUUCUGUCAAUUUUGUGGAAUCUUAGAUGAAUUGAUAGACAAAAUCUUCUGGUCAUCAAUGGCUAUUUAGUUCUGUAAAAGUGUACCUUUGAAAACUGUUGAAUCUCUCUUUAUUGAGCCACUAUCUAUUUUACUCUAUGUUCCCAUCUAUCUCAAAAAAUUGUGAUUACUUUGCUCAGUUUUUAAAACUUUUUUAAUGUCAUUCCUUGUAAUUUCAUAAUUUCAGUAAGCGUAUUCAUUUUUUGUAAAACUUUCAUCCAAAAUCUCAGGGCAGUGCAAAAUACAAGGGUCACUUGAUUAUAUUUCACACAUUUUUUUUUCUUGCUACUCUCAUUAGUUAUCCUUUCUUUCAUGACUGCCUACCAAGCAUUGCAGCUUGCUUUGACUUUGUUUUUAUUUUUAUUAUAUUGUAACUAGUCCUUUUGACUCUGUGACGAGCUGCUGAAAUAUCAAAUUUAUUUUGUCCUAUCCUCACAGAAUAGGGCAAAAAAGUCGGUUUCGCCAAGACAAAGUGUUGCUUUAUUGAUUGUUAUUAAUUUUUUGACCUUUCUUAAAGACCGUUGAUGCCUGGACCCAUGAAGGGUUCCUGUAAAAUUUUAGGAUUGUUAAUGAAAUAAUGUUGCCCUGUUGCAACUAGUGUCUAGAUGCCUUAUUUUGUUCACAUGAGCACAUCUGAGCAUGAAUGCUGUGUGCGUGUGUCUGUCUUGAGACUGAGGAAAAGUCAAACCUACUGAUUUACGUUGACUGUUGUUUCUCGUAGGUAUACUCUACAAUUUUUUAAUACAUUAUUAUAACUGUGAUAAAUUCCAUAAAGUGUGCAAUUACUCACUAUAAAAUGCAAAAAUCCAAUCUGUUAAAAAGUGUUUUGUUGUAGCACAACAGCAAUUGCAUUCCAAAUGCAACUGUAGUCUAACUCAAGGUCUGGGAUUAUCCUAAAACUUGAAGUAAUUUACCAAUAACCUCUGUCCAUAUUUUUUGCAGUGCUGUUCUAUUUGUAGCAGUCUAAAUCCUCAAUUCUUAUCUAAACAAUAUUUGGUUAGAGUCUUUAGUCUGUUUCUCUACUCUAGACCUGACACAUGGGUAGCCGUAGAAUCCUAUAUUACUUGUGUACAGUGAUAGUUUUUCUCAUAUUUGAUUAUAUCAUUUCACUCACAACUUGCUACUUAAACUCAGUUAUCAAUUACAUUCCCUCUUCUUUGCUCAUGAUACCCAGGAAACUGUAUCUUCUAGGGUAUUUCCUUGCUAGAAAAUAGCGCAAAGUAGACACCUAUUAUAUGCAUUUUUCAUUAUCAUUCUUAGCUCAAUUUUUUCUGUGUCAGUUUCUAUUUUUAACUUAUGAAAAUUGUGAUUUUGUCUUUGGUACUUUUGGGAAAAGAGUGUUUGUACAAGUCCUGUCUGAUUUGGGUGUCGUGAGAGCUGUGGUAUGAGCACAUUGUUUAUCGCUCAUUUCUAGUCAUGAUACCAUUUAAGAUAUUGUUCGAACUCCAUUUAUUCGCUCAAACAUUUUGUUGUUAUUCAAUCUUAAGCACUUUCCUCUGCCUGAUUGGUUCCUAGUUUUCUGUUCAGACUGUUGUUUGUGCUUCACCUUUGUUUCAUCUAUUGUUGAAUGACAUACUAUCGCUCGCUAUGAUAUUUGUUUGUGUUUGUCUGAUUCUUUAAAAUUGCUCUCAGCAAUAUUUUAAUGGUAGUCAGUAGAAACUAUUUUGAAGGGUUGGAAUUCCCUCAUUGCCUUAUUAUUAUUAAAUAAUGAAAAUUGUCUCAGACUGCAUUGUGCUUAAAUCUAGUCCAUUUCUUUCAAGCUUUUUAUGCAAGAUCCGAAAGAGACAGUUCUGUUUUGAAUUCUUCAGGUAAUACAUCAUUGGUCUAUUUUUGUCGCUGCCACCAUAUUUUCAAACCAUGUUAAAGUGAUUGUUGGGAUGUCCUUUUGAGUCCAUCAGAUAUUUUCAACUCACAGUUAGUCUCUUCCCUGCAUUUAAUUUUAUUUUAGAAAACUUUUUACUGUAUUACUCUUCUGUACUUAACAAAUGACCAAAUUUUUUUUUACAGUACUUAAAAGCAAAUAAUCUGAUUUUGCAUGCAUGUCCCUUGGGAAGUAUCUAAUAUGUAUAUCUCCUAAAAUUUCAAUUUCUUAUGGAGGUAGGACUUAAAAAUUCCGAAUGUGUUCGAACUUAUCGUAUAGUCAUCCUGCUCAAUCAUCCAUACUCCUUCAGUGACUGAAAUUAGUCCAAUUUUCAGUUUUCUAUAAUCUCCCUGGCAUGGAGUAAAUGGAUGUCAUCUUUAAGGUUCCAUCAUCCUCUUUACAUUAUGAUUGGUUUUGUUACUGUGCCUCGCACAUGUAUUCACAAUUGUUACUGUGUAUGAAUUAUUUAUAAUAACUAUUAAUGUAUCUCAAUAUAUUUUAGUUAGUUACUAUUCUUUUAAAGAAUAAAAAUCAAGAUUUACCUGAAUUUA